AUGGCUACCGUAACAACUAAGGGCAAGAGGAAGGGGGCCCCAUCUCGAUCCCGUACACGAAAGCAAGCGAAUAAUACAACCGUGUCGAAAGUCACUAGGAAGAAGAAACGGGCCUCUGACUUUGAGAGCCGUCUGCCCAGGCAGCUGCGUGGAGCGUUAGAGAAACAGAACGUUGUCAAAGAAAAGUUUGGGGAUGCGUCAUUGGAAGCUAUCCGAACGGAAACCCAAGGUCCACCACCAGGCUACGUCUUCGUUCCGAAGGGCGACGUCUACAUCACUCGGAACUGCCGCAGGCUCUCCCACGACGCAAAGCAGACUGUUUAUACAAACCCGCACACCCAGCGCACGCUAGGCCUCUACGUCCCCUCCCAAGUCCACACCACCGUCACCAAAACCGCUGCAAGCACCCUCCGCGCCCGAUCCCGCGCCGUCGCCCAAAAGGACGCCCGCGACACCUCGAAAGCGCGCACGCUGCUCCGCGCUCAAUUCCCCGCCAUGCCAGCCGAGACCCUGGAGAAAGUGCUGGGCCACGCAUUCCUGAAAGGCUCACGGCGCGUUGGGAGGAGUGGGACGGUAGCAAGUGAGCAGGUCAAGGUGAGCUUGGCGGUUGAUGCGCAUAUCCGGCAUGAGCAUACGGAGUAUGAGAGGUUGCUGGGGGAUGGGGUGGAAAGGGCGGAGGCGAGGGAGCGGGUGUGGGGCCUUGUGAGGAGGAUUAGGGAGCUGUGGGAGGGGAAGGGAGACGUGAGUGCGGAGGCAGAGGCCACUGCUAAAAGUAGAGGGAUGAAGAAGCAGGGAAAAGUCGUGGCGAGGAAUGGUAGGGUCAAAUCAUGAGUUCCCUGGCCUUGUUUACGCGGGAGGACAGGCCACGAAUUGUCAUAUGCAGGAGGCGGAACAUUCCCAGGCACCCUCUCCCCACUGCCGCACUCUGUUAUCUCCGUUCGCCAUGUCGGGAGAUUUAUGAGGGCAUUCUGAUAACGUCAUAACUGACGAUGUACAGCAUAUCUGUAGCGUACAGUGCAUUGGGGCGGUUGGUUAUCGUGUUUCUAUAGACCUUAGUCCACUUGUUUAUUUCAUUCAAGUACAGGUAUGCACGGUCGUGAUAGAGUACAAAGAAGGCUUGGUGAGACAUACAUGCGCAGGGCUUUGGAAUUUGCCGGAUAGAGCGCUGGUUAAAAAGACUCAUAAUUUAGUUGGACAAAAUUAUGCUUUUCG